AUGCCCGGUGCGAAGAACACCCAAUGCUGCGAUCCAUGUCGUGUACUUCAUCAUAAAUGCGACGGCAUCUUGCCGCAAUGCAGCCGAUGCAUUCGCACAGGUCGGGAAUGCGCUCGAAGUAAAAAAGAGACGAAGUUCCGACAGGCAAAGGGUCGGACAACGCGUACUAAGUUUCCUAGCAACCAAGUUUGGCUUCGGCCACCACCUAGAGUUGACUUUGUACUAGAAAACGGAAGUGGCCAGGUGGAUAACUCGACUCAAACGACGCUAAAUGUGCUGUCACCUGGGAAUUUGCAUAGUCAUGCUGACUCUAUUCCUAAACCGGAAAGGCUGUCUCCCGGGUCCUCAUAUACCGCCCCUUUGCCGCAACAUGAUUCCCCAAACUAUGAAGUAUAUACGAGGAGUAGUGCUAUCUCGCCAACACUGCAGGUGGUGAGCACACCCGAACGAUCACACCGGCGGCCAUGGCCCUUGAGAGAUCCCGAGGAAGCGCGGCUGUUGCGGCAUUUUGUUGAAAAGGUUGCACCGUUCUUUGAUUGCACGGAUCGCCAGCAGCAUUUUGCCAUCCAUAUCCCUUACCGAGCACGCCGUUGCGAGACGUUAUUUAAUGCAAUAUUGGCCAUGUCAGCUCGUCAUUUGAAUCGCACAACAGGGUUUGACCCUUUUGUGUCGGAUAAUUACUAUCAAGCAUGCCUGGAGAAGUUAAUUCCCGCGCUGGAUGACCACGGUGUUACGAUGGAUGAUGAUUUAUUGGCUGCUACUGUAAUCCUACGCUUGCUGGAAGAGUUUGAUGUACCACUCGCGGGGUCCGAUAUUCGAGGCCACUCCUUCGGGACAAAGGCUUUCAUACGGUGUCCAUCAAUGAUGACUACAACCCCGAGUCUCCGGCAGGCUGUCUACUGGAGUGGCCUACGCCAGGAGAUAUACAAUUCCCUUAGCCUCCAUCAGGCCCCAGACAUUGAUUUGAGGUCCUUUGAUUUGAAUUUCCACUCUAACUCGCUGGGCUCUGAUGCAGGUGAUUGCGCAUGGGCGAAUCAAGCAAUCACUCAUUGUGCCCACGUUCUGGUAUUUUGUUUUGGGAAGGGACCUCGCUCAGCGGCUGUGCAUGCAGAGCUUACGGCACAUAAUCAGCAAUGGAGUGAGACUCGACCGAACUCUUUCGACCCCUAUUUCGUGGGUGAAGAUGUGGUGGUGGGAACUGAAUUCCCCGAUAUUCGUUACAGUUGUCCCUGGCACGCAAUCGGCAAUCAAUAUAUCGAUCUUGCCCAGAUUCUGCUUUCUGUGCAUGACCCAACUCUGCCAACAGUUGGACCUCUGCGCAGAGGCCUGAUACAGGAGGCUGAUGAUCAUAUCCGUAGGGGGGUUUGGACAUUAUGUGGCGCUUCAUUAUCCAAUGCCUCUGUACCCCCAGCCAUGGUUGUCGGUUGUAUGGCCAUCCAUCUCUGCGGCGAUCGUUUCACGGACCCACAUGAACAGGACCACUUGAUCCAGGUUCUUAUCCAAACGGAUACACUUCAUGGUUGGCCAACCCAUGCCCUCCAGGGACAGCUUUGGGACACCUGGGGCAAGCGAUGA